ACGUAUUGGUGGUAUUAUUAUUAUAAACCCGUCUAACAUAUGACGCACUAAUACAACACACAUAACAUACUGUAUAUUAUAUGAUAUCUGUGUUAUACUAAUACUAAUGUUGUGUUUUCGCUGUUAAAACGCGUCCUAAUAUACGUCGAACACACGUCUCAGCCAAUGACGACUCAGGCCAUAGCCCUGCCACAGGCCGGCGGCGGCGGCGGUGGUGUCGUAUCGAUAGUCAAACUGUUGCCGUCAAACAACAACAACAAUCAACAACAACAACACACAGUGGCCACCAUUCAGCAGCCGAACCAACAGUCGGUAAUUCAGGCCACUGGCGGUGCAACGUCCGUACAAACUGUACAGUUACCUAAAGGAAACGUGAUUUUAUUAAAAGGAGGACAAGUAGGUCAGAGCUCAGUCAUUCAAAGCACUGAUAGUGAAUCCGAUGUACACAACGGCACCGUUCAGGUGGAGAUACUGUCGAAGAAUGAUGACGGCGAUGUAAUCUUCGAGAACGACUCGCGAAAACGCCAGGAAAUAUUGGCCCGAAGGCCCAGCUAUCGAAAGAUAUUCAAUGACCUGUCGUCUACGGAAGCGGCCGGUGCUGUGACAACUAUAUCGUCCGAAAUUAUCAAACAAGAAGAUGACGAUAACGGCACGGCUACCAUACAGGUUAACGGCCAGUAUAUCAAAGUAUUGCCGGCAUCGGCCAUACAGUUGGGUACACAGGACGGCACUAUUCAGGGUAUUCAGACACUGACGAUGACCAAUGCCGGCGCUGGUGGGGCCGGUACUAUUGUACAGUACGCCACACAGGGCCAGGAUGGCCAGUUUUAUGUUCCUGGUAAUUACGUGACGGUAUCAGCGGCCGACCUUCAAACGUAUCAGAUUAGAGCGCCAUCGCAAACGGGUAUUGCACAGGGAGUCGUAAUGACAUCGGCGGGUGGCCUACAAACGGGUCAAGUGGUGGUUGAAGAGGCGUCCAAAAAACGAGAGCUCAGGCUAUUGAAGAAUAGAGAGGCGGCAAAAGAGUGUCGACGAAAGAAAAAAGAGUACAUUAAGUGCCUCGAGAAUAGAGUAGCAGUUCUUGAGAACCAAAACAAGGCUCUAAUCGAAGAACUAAAGUCUCUUAAAGAGCUUUAUUGCCAAAAAUCCGAUUGAAAGCCCACACCGCCGAUGAUGAUGACGAAGACGAUUGUUGGUGUCAUUGCUUUUACGGUUUUUUUAAAAAAAAAUAAUAAUCGUAUAUAUCAUUUGAGUAUAUAUACAAU